AUGGCCCUGCGGCACGCUGGCGAGGAGCGCCGCCCGGCGUGGCCCCCUGCCGCAGGGCCCGGCGCUGGUUGCGGCGAGCCUGGCGCGGGCGUGGAGCAACCCGCCAAGCGGGAGGCCACGCCGCCACUGGCGCGGAGGCCCCCGCCCGCCGGGGCGGCGCGGGGCGCGCCGCCGGCCACUUGCAGCUGGCAAGCCGGCAACGUGGGGCGCAAUCUGGAGAGGCUUAUGUUCGAGGACGACGACAGCAGGCCUUCCCACCAGGUCUCGCAGAGCAAGGUGCUCGUCGAGCUGCUGGACUCUCCGCCGGCGGGGUGCGCUCGCCCCUGCCAGCAGGGGGAGUGGCGCUGGCGGCGGGGCGCGCCGCCGCACGAGCCGGAGUUGCCCCCCGCGCGGCCGACGAGGCCUCUUGGCGCGGUGUUCUGGGUGGAGGACGACGAGGUUACGCCACGGAGGCCCCCCAGGCGGGAGGUCGCCGCGGCACGGGCAGCGCCGCGCUCUUCCGGCGAGGUGCGCGCCGCCGCGGGGCGGCUGGCCGUCUGGUACGUCGAGGAGCCGGGGCAUGGCGACCAGCAGAAGCUGCGGCGGCUGGACCCCGAGGAGGAGGCGCACCUCAGCGGCUGCCUCGGGAGCGCGCUGGCGCGGACGCGGUCGCUGAACGGCGCCGUGCUGGGCUCGGGCGCCUCCUCCGCCCUCGAGCUCUACGCCGCGUUCCAGCGCGCGCUCGGAGGCGGGGACAUCGGCGGCCUCCGCUGCGUACCGCUCGACGCCGCCGUGGCGCGGCGGCUGCCCCCAGACCUGCUGGGCGACCCCCGCGUGACGGCCACGCGCAUGGUCUCGGUGAGAUCCCGGGCCAAUAGCGACGGGGUGCUUGCGGGUGCCGCGCUGCACCGCGCCAAGGGCGUCGUGGAGGACCUCCUUCGCAGCAACGAGCCGGCGAUCUUCAAGAUAGGCAUCACGUGCAGCCCCCUCGCGCGCUGGGCUGCCUACGACGCGGAGGGAUACGCUCAGUUUCACCUGCUGCUCUGUUCCGAGGAGCCUGGCGCCGUACAGAUGCUGGAGGCCGCCCUGAUCGACGCGUUCCAGUCGCGCGUCGGGUGCCGGAACGUUGCCCGCGGAGGCGAGGGGCCCGUCGGCCGAGCGCCGCACUUCACCUACCUGGCGCUGGCGCCCUGCGGGGACGGCGUGGGGCUCGCGCGCAAGCGCCCCCGCCUCGAGGCGGCCAGGAGGAACAAGGGCUCCCUGGACUCCCCCGACUCCCUGGACUCCCCGGACUUCACGGACUCAUCCCCAGAUUCCAUGGUCUGCCCGGACUCCCCGAAUUCCCCGGACUCCCUGGACUCCCCAGAUCCCCCGGACUCGACCCAGAAGCGCACCGCUCUCCCAGAGGAGGACACAUCAGGGCAGGGGGUCCUACCAGCUGACCUCGGCCUGCCUGCGAACGGCCAGCCAUUCGUGCUGAGAGGCAGGCCGGGCCUGGGAAUGGCGGGCGCCGAGAGGCGCGCCGUCGGCAGCUGCCCUGUGCGCGCCCACGCCGACGUGGCGAAACACGACCGUGCUCUGGCCUCGCGCCUGUGGUGCAGCCUGAACCGCUCGGCGCGGCCGCCGUGCGGGCCCGCGUCCGAAGCGCGGUCGGGCAGCCCGCUGGGCUCCGGGCAGCAGAGCGCGGCGCGCCUGCGGCGGCCUGCCGCCGAGAUCGGACGCCAUGGGGCAGGCGGCAGCGCGGCGCACCGCAGGCCGCUGGGAUACACCCACGCCCUGGUCCAAGAGAGGGUCACGACGGCCGCUGAUCCCAUGGGACACCUGCAGAACGCCAUCAUGUUUGGCGGACGCGACUGCGGGGGCGACGGCCUGGAACGAGAGCCCGACGGAGGCAGGCUGGACGGAGCCACCGGCCUCCAGCUCCGCCAGCUCCGCCGCGGAGUUAACUCCCACGCGCUGCCCGGGGCCUUCCGCAGCAGCGCCUGCCGGAGCUGGAGAGGCAGCGGCAGCAGCAGGGGUGAGAUCAUCAGCGACCCCGUCAUGCGGGAGUGGAUGGCCACGUGGAACAAGAUCGAGAAACGUGACAGCCUGGUGGUGUCCAGGAAGGAGUGGUGCAAUUGCGGCUUGGACACUGGACUCUUCGAUGGCAUACCUAAGAAGAGCAAGGCCUCUUUAGCACAGGCGGAGUGGGCGAAGCUGUUUGAGAAAAUCGACACGGAUGCCAGCGGCACCAUAAGGAAGCAAGAGUGGGUUCAGCAUGCCAAUGCCCCCACCGACCAGGGUGGGCUCGCGGAGCAUGCCACGGCGAGUGCGCAGGGAGUUCAGCUAUCGAGAUGCGUUGAGGCGGCCAAGCAGACGUGGGGCUCCGAGGGCGGCGGCACGUCUGGGCAGGAGACGUGGACAACCCAUAAAUGGCUGGGUAAGUCCAUGAUAAGCCCCAUCGUCGCCAGUGCACUAAAUUACCCGAUCUCUCCUGAGCCACCUCCUACGCUGCAGCUUCUGUUCAUGAAGUCUCUGGCAGAGAAGGGCACCCGAGAUGUGAUACUGGAGCUGCUGCGAAGCCAGCUCGUGCUCGAAUCAAUGGCGGACGAGAUCUGGAAGGAGCUGCGGGUGCUCAAAGAAGCGAGAGCUGCCACAGCAGAAGAGCUGAAUGGCAAGUUCGCCCAAGACGCGAAGUUCAAGAUGGCGUUUGGUGGUCUGAACGUCUUCUACGGUGGCCUCGAAGCUCUCAUUGGCUCGCCCAGCGCCAGAGUCCUGCAGGCCAUGCGGCACGAGCACUGCGAGGAGAAAGACUCGUCGGAGAAGUUCACCACGGGGAACUACGGCAUCACAACCACGUCUAUGACAGAAUGGCUAUUCGUAGCCAGCCCGGAGGGCGGGCCCGAACAGGUGAGUCUGCAGCAGUGGCCACAGGAGCAGAAGUUGCUGGACUCGGGCGACCUCGCGAAGUGCCGAAGGAUGCGCUCCUCUGCAGAGCUGGACCUGAUCCUGGAUGGCCUCAACUCGAAGCUGGAGAAAGCUGAUCAUGUCACAUUGAUGCGAGAGGAGAUGCUAGGCGGUGUGCUCUACACCGGCCCUCUCUUCGUGAAGUACAAUGCGGUGAACCGCGGCGGCGCUCUCAAUGUCCAGCAGAGCGAUUACGCCAAGACGCAGUUCCAGGAAUUAUGCUUAAGCAAUCGGUACGUGACGACUAUUCACGCCAUCAAUUCUUGCAUCGUGAAGCUUAGCAAGCUCCAGAAGGCUGUGACGGUGUACAGAGGAUUCGUCGAUGGAGUGUUGCCUGAUGAGUUUUGGGAGGAGAACCAAGAUGGUGUCCGCGGCGGCGUGGAAUUCGGGUUCAUGAGUACCACAGUGGAGAAGGAGGUCGCGCUCUCUUACGCCAAAGGUGGCGGAUCACAGUACCCGCACGAGAAAGAGAUCUGCUUCGCUCCGCUGACAGGGAUCGAGGUGGUCUCGGGUCGGGUGGAGGCAUCGGUGCUCGUCGUGCAGACGCGCUUGGACGUGAAUCUGACCGCUCUCACGAUCGAGCAGGUGAUCGCCAAGCGGAAGCACGUCAUGGAGGAUAUGUUGCGGAACUUGAAGCGCGAGGUUACCCAGAGUCUCGCUGGUGUUCCCUGGCAAGACCUGUUGCAGGAGCUGGGCGUCGGCAAGGCUUUCCAGGAUGCGGUGGAGCAGCAUGCAUGCGACGAGCUGGACCUUGUUUUCACCACCAGCUCGAAGAAGGAUUUCAACAAGGAUGAAGUCUUCCAGAGUGCUGUGCGAGAGCUUCUAGGGGUGUCUGGAGCGGUCCGGCACCAGCGGGCAGAGCUGCUCGAGGCGCUCGCGGACAAGUCGCGGGGCGCCACGGCCGGGGAGCCGCCGCUGGCGUCCAGGCUCCGGGAGCGCGCUGCCGUGCUGCGGGCCGACGAGGCGGUGAUGCAGGUGGUGGCAUGGCACUACUUGCCCUGCCCGAGAGGCAAGGACUCCCACGGCCCUAAGAGCGGAGGUUUCCUGACCGAGCUCGGCUUGGUGAGCCGCGAUGAUGGUGGCAUCGUGGCGUUUGGCGCUGAGACUUACGAGCCGUAUUAUUCGUCCGACGGUCCCCAGCAGACCCGGCUUGCGGAGUGGAAGGACAGCAAUCCAGACCAGCAGAUGCCGCGGGGGCGCCUCGCCAGGGUGAACGGCAGCCGGGAUAUCGCGCAGGCCCUCGCCACCUUCGAGGGGGGCUCCCUGGAGCUGGUAUUCGCGCGACGGCUGACCGUAGAUGAGGUCAUCAACCGGGUCUUGGAUACCUUGCGAGCCUCGGACCUCCCGAUACCAUCACGAGCCCGGCGAAGCGAGCGCACGCUCUCUUUGAAUGCUCACGUGAGCGAGCUCGCCCUCGCAAGCAGCCGGCUGGGCGCGGAGGACGCGAAGGCUUUGGCCGAGGUGCUCAAGGCCAACACCACCAUCACCAGCAUCAAGCUCUACAAAAAUGAGCUGGGUGCGGAGGGGGCCACGGCUCUGGCAGAGGCGUUCAAGGCCAACGCUUCCAUCACCAGCAUCAACCUCGCAGACAAUAAGCUGGGCGCAGAGGGGGCCAAGGCCCUGGCCGAGGCGCUGAAGGUCAAUGCGUCCAUCACCCACAUUGACCUCAGCGGUAAUAUGCUGCGUGCGGAGGGGGCCACGGCCUUGGCCGAGGCGCUCAAGGGCAACGCGUCCAUCACCAGCGUCGACCUCCGCUACAAUGAGCUGGGCACGGAGGGGGCCAAGGCUGUGGCUGAGGCCCUCAAGGUAAACACCUCCAUCACCAAUAUCAACCUCGGUGUCAACAAGAUGGGUGCGGAAGGGGCCAAGGCUCUUUCCGAGGCGCAGCGGCUUAACCCCCGAGUAAAGGUCGUGAAAUGA